UCAACGACGAACGGACGAGGAAGCUGAAUACUGGCAAAGUACACGAUGGGGCCUGUGACACCACUUUAUGCGGAGACAUUGAUAACGGCUUCGGACUCGAUCAGUCCCGAGCUUCCAGAAGAUCUCUACGAAUUAGCCGAAUUCCGCUUUGGUUUCCGGUCAGCUCGCGCCGCCGUUAACAUUGUGGCGAUCGCGCUUUCCAUAACGAUAUUGGCCUCUAGUCGAUGGCUACAUCGGCCAGCUAGCCCGCUGUUCAUACUGAUCUUGCAUGUUCUAUUCGUCAAUACCCUAAUUGCUUUUAUUCACGUACUGUUUUACGCUGAGACGGUUGCUAUCGAUAAACCUGCGUUAAGGCAGUUUCAUUGUGCGGCAUUGCUGGCUCAAUUUGUCACAGCAACGGCUUUUUUCGUAGCAGCGCUGAAUCUUCUAACUGUUGGCAUCAUUCACGCGAUUGAGUUAUACCGUCCCGUCAUCUGGAUUCAUACGACGAUGCUAUCAAAACAUCGAGCGUUCGGUGUGAUUAUUCUCGAGUGGUUCGGGGCAGCAUUAUUGUUCGCGUACUUCUAUUUGCCACGGCCGGAUUUUACGAGCGCGGCCUGCCAGUCGCAUCCGACAGACCUAUUCGAUAUAGAUGUGCUACUCAUUGUUACAACUGUAGUCAUGGCUCCAUUUGGCCUUUCUUGGCUUCUUUACUGCGCAUUAAUCAUUUCGCUGUGCUGCCAAUCGUCACGAUAUACCGACGCGUCGCGUAAUCACCUCUACACCUCCCUCUAUGUACUAAUAACAUUCAGCAUAGGCUUCUUGCCGGAUUUAGUAUUUGCAAUACUGUUUUGUGAGCACUGCCCGCUAUACGGCUCUCAUUGGGACGGCUAUUAUUUGGCGAUGGCCGCUGAUAUGGUAAGAGCAGCUUUGAUGAGCACAAAGUUUCUCCUCGACCCCAUAAUCUGCAUAUGGCGAAUAUGGGAAGUGCGCUCAAGUCUACGAGAGAUGCUUUCCUGUUGGGAAGGAAAUGGUGUUGAUGGAGCCAAAGACAGGGCGGAAUCGCCUGAGGGGAACGGUCGCUCUAUAUCGACAGUGUCCACAUCGAUCAUUGGUUUUUACGAGUAAGACCAGCUCUGACAACGUGUCAUUAUUGACAAGUUACACCCAUGGAUCCAUGAAGAGUCCGGCUGUCGUGAAGUCGACGAUCGAGUACCAUCAGCGGCUGAAAAAUUGAAAGCGACAUUGGACGAUAAAACGAUUCAACAAUAAAUAUAGCCACUGACAGCAUACUGCCGUAUCUUGGUGAAAAAAAUGUAUUGCUUUUCACACAAAAAAGAGAGACCUAAACCUCGUUACUUUGGCCAUAGUCAGGGAGUUGUCUGAUCAAAGAGAGAGAGAGGGAGAAAGCAAGAGAGAGAGAGAGAGAGAGAGAGAGAGAGAGAGAGAGAGAGAGAGAGAGAGAGACGAGAUGUGAUAUUAACCAUAGAGCCGAAAUUCUGACAAAUCGCUGCGUUUGAAUAGUUCGGCGAAUCAAGCAUCUCCUAAUUUCAUAUCGAACACACUUAUAUUAGGUUGCUAAAAUAUCAUGUCAUCAUUUCACACAGAUUUGUCCAGGGUGUGUGGUUCGCGUCCUAAUUAACGCCUUGCUUUUUGGUUAUUCAUUAACAUAUCAAACAGAAGUUGUUGUACCAUUCACCUAAUAGAUCCUUGAUCUUAUUAUAGAAAUGUCCUAAUGUCUGCAAAUCUGGAUUUCGCCACUGGAAGCCGUUGGCCAAAUUUGAUUAAUUCGAUUCUUCUUAAUGUCUUCGUAGCUAGACAGCACACAAUGAUACUGUUCCACGAUAUGUGAAGCUCAUUAUUUAUUGUUCCUCUGUGCUCAUUUUGCAACAUGCAAAGGAAUAGGGUCAAACGUCGGGAAGUCGGAGCUUAGCAGUGUUCCACUACUUCUACAGCCUUAGCAGACAGGGGCCAACUGAGCUAUAACAGGGUAUUCAGCUUUUAUUUAGACAUUUGCUAAUAUAUAAUGCGUAGCAUGAAGGGACGUCGCGAAAUGACCCAUCUAACAGCGCAAGUUUGUUCCAACAAUCUUACAGCUCAGUUGAAUGGAAGUACUUACCGAUCCUGAAGCUCAGGACAAUAUAACACAGAAGUCGACCGACCCUUUUAACCAACAUACACAAACGACAUUUUGAAUAGCUUAAAUGGACAGAAUAAAACGCUAUAUGUACCACUAUCUCGUUUGAUAACUUACCAUUUUUACUAGGCGCUACCAUGGACAGAUACUACAAUGCAUACGGUCAAAACGCUGCCAAUAUGUUAUUAGCUGGUAGUUUUGACUUCUGCAAAAUAUACACAACAAUGUACAACAGAAGAAAAAUAUUGAGUAAUUAUCAAGCACUAAACAGUUAUUAAGAGAAUUGCUCAAAAGGGUCAUCUUUCUCUUAUAUUACGCGUGUUAUAAGACGAAUUUUCUCUCGUAGAGGCCACUUCCAUCAAAGCAUUGCCUCAUCAAACCUCCAUUCAAAAUAGCACGAAAACCGUUGAAGCUUUUAUCUAUGAAUAUAUACUUGAUGCUUUUGAAUGCUCGAAUUCACUUACUGAAGAGGUAAUAAAGCUCAGCAAAGAAAACAUUGUUCCGGACAGACUCAUGGGACCAUGGGAUACCGAUCUUAUUUAGCAGAGAAAAAUGGAAAUUUCUGAAUAAAAAAUUGCUUUGGCAAUUAUAAAUUUUGUGCUAAUCUGUGAGAUUGAUGGCGUUCGAAAACAUCCCAACUCA